GAAGCUCUGGCUUCUAGGGCUUCUGGCUUUUGAAAAGAAGAGGAGGAAGCAGGUUCUGUGGCAGCUGUGGAGAAGAAAGAAGCUGUCGACGCGCGAAGAAGAAAGCUAGAAAGAAAAGAGGGAGAAAGAAGCGUUCGGCCUAAGAGGGAGAAGAGUCGCGAGUGAAAAUCAGAAUUAAGAAGGGAGAAAAAUCUGAGAGAUUUGAGGAAAGUAGUGUUCAAAAGAGGAGAAACAGUGAAAAAGAAAAUAAGUAGUACGUGAAGAAGAAAGCUAGAAAGAAAAGAUUUGAACCCGUUUGUUUCGAAUCCUCAGCGAAGCUCUCUCCAUGGCAAAGGGGAAUCCCAAAACGUCCAAAAAGAAGACGAAGAGGAGCUUCAAAAAAUCUGGCCCCGAUGCCGUUGCCAUGAAGCACAAAACAUCCCAGCCCAACCCCUUCGAGACGAUUUGGUCUAAUCGCAAAUUCGACAUCCUCGGAAAGAAGAGAAAGGGCGAGGAGCGCCGCAUCGGACUUGCUCGUUCUUGUGCCAUUGAAAAGAGGAAGAAGACGUUGUUGAAGGAGUAUGAGCAGAGCAACAAAGCCUCGGUGUUUGUGGAUAAGCGAAUUGGAGAGCGAAAUGACGAGUUGGGGGAGUUCGAUAAAGCUAUUAUGCGUUCGCAGCGAGAGCGUCAGUUGAAACUAGGGAAAAAGAACAAAUACAACUUAUCUGAUGGAGAAGAGGAGGAUUUUGAAGGUGUGGGUCUUGGGGACAGGGAUGAUUUUGACGCCAGUGUGCUGUCAGAUGACGAUAUUGAUGAGGAUAGUGAAGCAGCUAAAACUAGCAUGUCAUCUGUCUUAAGGCAACUUAACGCGCAUGGGUCACAGAAUUCCUUGGAAACAGGUUUUGAAGGGGAGGAAAAUAAACAGAAAACCAAAAAAGAAGUAAUGGAAGAGAUUAUCAUGAAGAGUAAACUUGGAAAGAUGGAAAAAGCAAAAAAGAAGGAAGAAAAUGAACAGUUGAUGGAUGAAUUGGAUAAAAGUUUCACGUCUUUAGUGCAGUCUAAAGUGCUAUUAUCAUUGACUGAACCAGGCAAGAUGAGUGCGUUAAAAGCUCUUGUGAACAAGGUCACACCUAAUGAAGAUGUGAAGAAGGAUGAGUUACCUGUCACUCAGAGAACGGAAAAUUUUAAGCAGGAACAACCUGAUUCUUAUGACAAACUUGUCAGAGAGAUGGCACUGGAUAUGCGUGCUCGCCCAUCAGACAGGACAAAGACUCCUGAAGAAAUUGCCCAGGAGGAGAGAGAAAGAUUAGAAAAAUUAGAGGAAGAACGUAAGAAGCGGAUGCAUGCACCUGAUGACUUCAGUGAUGAGGAUGAUGAAAAUAUUGAGAAACAGUCUGCCCAGAAGCCAAGGAUAAUUUCUGGGGAUGAUCUUGGUGAUUCUUUUACACUUGAAGAAGAGACCGGGACUAAAAAGGGCUGGGUUGAUGAAAUACUGGAAAGAGAUGUGGAAAAUUCUGAGAGUGAAGAUGAUGAUGGUUCUUCUGACAAUUCAAGAAGUUCUGAUGGUGACGGUGAGAAUGAAGGAUCUGAAGAUAGUGCUGAUGAACAGGAAAGAACUUUUUCUUUGAAGGAUUGGGAACAAAGUGAUGAUGAUGAUGAUGUAGGUACAAAAUUGGAAGAUGAAGAAGAAGAAGAGGAUCAUGAUGAUGAUAAUGCUGAUGAAGAGGAGAAAGAUCUGGAGCCAAGAGUUCAUAAGAGGUUAAAGACUAAUGAUGCUGCUGAAACUGGAAAAGAAGCUGUAAAAUCUUUGGGUGAGAGGGACAAGAAAAAAAUUAAUGAACAUCCAACGGACAUUCCUUUCCUUAUUGAUGCUCCAAAGAGCUUGGAAGAACUGUAUGCAUUGAUUGAAAAUUGUUCUAAUGCCAAUGUUAUUUUGGUGAUCAAUCGAAUUCGCGUAAGCAAUGCAAUUAAGCUUGCUGCAGAAAAUCGGAAGAAAAUGCAGGUAUUUUAUGGUGUGCUAUUGCAGUAUUUUGCUGUUUCAGCAAAUAAAAUGCCCUUGAAUUUUGAGUUGUUGAAUUUGCUGGUCAAGCCAUUAAUGGAGAUGAGUAUGGAGAUCCCAUAUUUUGCUGCAAUAUGUGCUCGUCAGAGACUUUUGUUGACUCGAACACAAUUCUGUGAGGCUAUCAAGAACCCAGAUAAUGGAUGUUGGCCAUCCUUGAAGACUCUGUUUCUCUUGAGACUGUGGUCCAUGAUUUUUCCAUGCUCUGAUUUCCGUCAUGUUGUCAUGACCCCAGCAAUAACUUUGAUGUGUGAAUAUUUAAUGCGAUGUCCCAUCUUAUCUGGCAGGGAUAUUGCUAUUGGUUCUUUCCUAUGUUCAAUGCUUCUCUCAAUUACUAAACAAUCUAAGAAGUUCUGUCCAGAGGCUAUAUUGUUUCUCCGAACUCUGUUGAUGGCAGCUACAAACAGAAAAGCAGCAUCAAAUCAGGAAUCUGAGUUUUAUCAUCUUAUGGAGUUAAGAGCCCUAAGGCCCUUGCUGUGCAUACAUGGCCAUGUAGAUGACAUUAGUCCUUUGAAUUUCUUGGUGGUGAUGGAUAUGUCGGAGGACUCCCCUUUUUUCAGCUCUGAUAAUUUCAGGGCUAGCAUGCUACUAACCGUAAUUGAAACUCUGCGAGGGUUUGCUGAAACAUAUGAAGGAUUGAGUUCCUUUCCUGAAAUCUUCUUGCCAAUUUCAACUUUGUUACUUGAAGUGACACAACAGGAGAACAUGCCACAAACACUCCAAGUUAAACUUAAGGACGUUGCUCAACUUAUCGAGAAAAAAGCUGGCGAACAUCACAUGUUACGGCAACCACUUCAGAUGCGGAAGCAAAAGCCAGUGCCUAUCAAAUUAGUUAAUCCUAAAUUUGAAGAGAACUUUGUUAAGGGUAGAGAUUAUGAUCCAGAUCGUGAACGAGCAGAGGCAAGAAAGUUGAAGAAACUGAUUAAAAAGGAGGCUAAAGGUGCAGCUCGUGAGUUGCGCAAGGACAAUUAUUUCCUAUAUGAGGUAAAAGAAAGAGAAAAAAGCAAACAUGAGGAAGAAAGAGCAGAAAAAUAUGGAAAAGCUCUUGCUUUCCUCCAAGAACAGGAACAUGGUUUCAAAUCUGGGCAAUUGGGAAAAGGCAGGAAAAGGAGGAAAUGAAAUUGAAGUAUCGUGUCUGGUUAGGUUUGCUUCUAGUGUGGUAUUCCUUGAAUGGUGGAAGUGGCAAGGCAAAUAGUAGAAAUUACCAACCACCAGCCAUCCGUGUAGAAUUUUUUCGGGGCAAAUUUUGUUCGAGCUUUUAUUCCCUAAAGAUCCCUUGUCUCUGUUAUUCUAAUCUUACACGCCAAAAUUUGAGUUCAUCUAUAUGUAUAUAUAUAUUUUUGUUA